AUGGAUAAGGCUGAGUACUGCAAAAAACUAGGAAACCUCUUGAUGGACAAGGAAGCUUAUGUGCCAUCGACUGUCAGCGGGUUCAAAAAGCUCGUAAACCGCAUAAACAAGACGAUCGGCAACUUGCGGAAGGCGGGCGCUCUUACUAUAGGGGAAGCGCUGGCCUCAAAAGCCAGUGAUGUCGCAAUGACGCGCUUCUACGGCCUAGCAAAGGUCCACAAGCCGGGGGUGCCGCUACGCUCCAUCGUCUCCUUACGUGGUACCCCAAACUUUGGGCUGUCAAAGUGGCUGUACCAGCGACUUGCUUUCCUUACCAAGGAUCCAGAGUGGACAGUGAAGUUGGCUGAAGAGUUUUUGUCGCACAUCAAACGUCUCGAAGUGGAGGCAGAUGAGGUGAUGGUGUCUUUUGUCGUGAUCUCAUUGUUCACCUCCAUACCACCCGCGCUGGCUAUCGACACUAUUGACGGUUUUCACCAAGUGUGGAACACAUGGGGCUCGAACUCGCUACCCUGUUAG